UCCCCCGUGAGCAAACACGGGAUUAACUGCUCAGUUGUGUCAGUUUUGAACCAAUACGACCGCGCUGGUUCUUCUGCUUUCAAAAAGACAACUUCAACUUCUAACCGAGACUUGGAAAAUUCAAGCUGCAUGUUGGAUUUCCAGUGCAAUGAUCAUACAAUCUGAUGAACAGGGCUGGUGGUGCCUUUGCAAAGAGUCACACGGAGAAGCGCAGUGGCUUUCGUGCAUUUCAUAAUUUUCUCUGACUUUUUUUGAAAAUGGAAAUUUGACAAUAUCAUCAGAGAAAGAUUAGGAUGCUUUAUUCUGCUUUACUCUUUUUUUCAUCACUUUAACAGCCCAGAGCAACUGAUCAUGCACAUGAUCAAGCCUUUGAGGACACUGUGUUUUGGAGUCUUCGGGAAUCCUAACCUCUUUGGCACCGACAAAGACUUAUCAGUAGUGAUAAAGGAUUGUCCUUGUUCGUUUGGGAAAUCCAACGCAGCAAAAAACUGAUGGAAGUCGGGAAACUGGCAGGAUUGAGUUUCCUGGGGGGUAGAAGGAAUCAUCAUAUUUCAGAGAGCCAAUGGACUCCAAGGUAAUUGAGAAUUCCUAGACUUCUUCUGGCUCCCACAAGGAUUUUCGAAGAGUGUUUUCGACGGAGGAGGAUUUAAAUGGUGCUAAUAACGGAGGAACAAGGUAAAGGUUCAAAGGUUCAAGAGAAUGGAGUGGCUGGAGGAGUCAGAAUUAGUAAGACUGAGUAUAGAACCAAUAAAGUGGAUAUGGAUAUUCCUGUCAUGUCCAUCACCAAGGCUGGCAAAGACGACGAUGAGAGCGAGGAAUCAAGCGAGGCAGAUAAUGAGGAACUUGAAAUCGAUUACACUCGAAAUUACUGGGAGGAUGAAGAUGAUAUCUACCAGGAAUUUGAAGAGUUGGACUUUGAGACCUUGCCCGAUCGCUCAGACACACAGAGCAUUGCCUCAGAUGACUCCUUCUAUCCCCUCGACAAUUCAGUCACCUCUCACAUGCGCUACUCGUUUAGCUCUGACAGUCCAGAGCCCAUCUCCUUCUUCAAGGCCUGCUGCAACAACAAUGCCGUCAUUGUCAAGAUCAUGAUCAGACAAGGAGUGACUGAAGAGGAAGUGAAGGAGACUGACAGAAACAGAAGAUCUGGCUUGAUUGUGGCGUGCUAUAACGGCUAUGUGGAUGUGGUCAUCGCUCUUUCUCAAUGCCCGUAUCUGGAUGUUAACUGGCAGGACAACGAGGGGAACACCGCUCUUAUAACUGCAGCUCAAGCAGGUCAUGCCAUCAUUUCCAACUACCUACUAAACUACUUUCCUGGUCUGGACAUCGAGAGGAGGAACUGUCACGGUUUCACAGCUUUGAUGAAGGCUGCCAUGCAGGGCCGGGCUGAGUGUGUUAGAUCGAUCAUGUUGGCAGGAGGUGAUAUCCAGGCUCGGGACUUUGGCCGGAAAAUGACACCCAAGGAGUGGGCGCUCUUCACCGGUCGGUAUGAAACAGCCCGCCUGAUGAGUCGGCUGAUGUCCAACCCUUGUCCUGAGCAGUUCUGUGACUCCUUCUCCCUGGAGUGGCCACUGCUGGAGGAGUUGGUGGCCCAGGCCCAAGAGCCAAAGACCUGUAAGCAGCGUUUGAUCAACCUUCUUUCCUGCUGCCCUUAUAGAUUUUACAUCAACAACAAGGUAAAACCUAUGGAAGAUGGUGUCCUUGAACACAUGGUCCGGAUCACCACGGGACUGUCCAGUCCGCUUAUCGCCACAGCUUGCCGCACGGUGUGCCCGAGCAGCCCGCCGUGCAUCGGAAAACGUCGUCACGCGGUGCAAGAGAUUCUAAAGAGGCAACGUCUGGCGGAGCUGAAGCGCUUGGGCCCAGAGAGGCUAAACAACUACAAGAAACGUUUCCAGAACUCACGGAUCCUCCUCAUCCCCAGGGAGAAGGAUCGGAGGGCCAGUCUCCAGCCUCAGCUGCUAAACAACAUGGCAGCGGCGUCCACAGUGGCCAUAAGACGAGCCAGCCUGCUGCCACUCCAUAUGCUGAGGAGAAGCAGUGUGAGGCCGGGCCUAGUGGUUCCCAAGGUGAGGCUCUGCAAGGCCCCAGCUCCAAGCUACAAACCAGAAAAACUCAGAAGGAACAGUAACCAGAACCAGCUCCAGAUACCCAAGUGGGAUUAUAAAAUGAAGAAAAUAGGGAGGAUGCAGGAGGAGGAGCGGCAACGACUGCUACCCCUGAUUAGGAGAAGAUGAAGGACCAAAGAAAGCUAAAGGAGA